AUGAAUGCACUGGGUGCGCUGAUGUGUCCCAGCAAGCCGGAUGCGGACUUGCGGGCAGAUGCGGCGGAGUUGCCCAAGUUUCCAGACUCUGAGGAAUGCUCCCCGAGCCUCUCCGAGGUGUCGACAUGGACAACCGAGUCCGACUCUGAGGUGUCUGGGGCUUCAAAGCAAGAACUGCGCAGGCGCCUUCAGCAAGGCCAGCUGAGCAGCUUCUUGCAGUGGCACGAGUUCCAGGCGGUGAACAGGCCGAGAUCUUGCGGGUUCACACUUUUUGGCGAGAGCAAGAUCUUCCCCAUCCAUGUGGCCGCGCAGAGCGGAGACUACCAGAUGGUAAGGAUCCUAAUGGCAUCAGGCGCUGACCCAGAAUCCAAGACCUCCAAGGGCCGCAAGGCGGUGGACUUUGCUCGUGCGGCAAAUCGAUAUGGCUCGCACGAGCCGGUGCUUUGCUUGCUCACUGGCCAAGUCAAGAUCGGCACAGCUCGAGAGCUGCGCAGCGUGAGCACGGAGAGCUUUUAA